AUGAGAUCGCGCUUCGCCGAGGCCACAGGGCCUGAAGUCUUACCAGAGGUUGACGUUGCGAGAAAUGGCGACGGAGCUCCAGAGCCUUUCCGUGGAGAUGAUGGAUUGGAAGUGGUUGGUACCGAUUUGCCUGGCUCAGGUGUCAAGACAAAGCCCGAGACCGAGGCUGCACCAGCAAUUGAAAGCACAAUACCGAGGAAAAACGCGAGAAGAAGGAUGAUAUGGAUGGCAGUUGCAGCGGUUAUUCUGGUGGUGGUGGUAGUGGCAGCUGUGGUUGGCGGUGUCCUUGGGUCGCGACAUCACAAUUCCGCAACGUCCUCGAGGACUUCGAGUGCUCCCUCGUCCCCUUCUUCAACUCCCUCGUCAUCGUCGCCCAGCGCCGUUGCUUCCAAUUCAAGCCUUGCAGUAACCGGUUGGUGGGAAACGACCAGCCAAUACAACAUCCGCCUAUUCUACCAAGGAAAGGAUGGCCAAUUGCGCAUGACGGGCUACAGCUCCAGCAAUGGCAAAUGGUCAACGGUAGCAACAUAUCAGACAGACCCGCCGCUUAAGCCGGGCUCUCCGCUUGCAGCUAGCUGUUAUAAUUCCACAUUCUACUUCAAAAAUGAAGGGAAUUCCACCAGUAAUUAUACGCAAAUCGAUGUAUUCUACCAGGGAAUACAGGGCUACAUCAACAACUGGGCGAUCCAAGAAGAAGUAGCCCCGGUGCGGACCACGACCAAUAAAAAGGGAACUCUCUCUGCAAGAGCCCUAAGAGCAGGCAUGAACACGAGGCUUGCAGCACACUGGCCGAGCGUUGUCUUUCAAAACGGGGUGAAUGGGUUAAAAGAGGCCUAUUAUUCGAUACACAAUCGUUGGGCUCACAACAUCUUGAACCUCUCGGCCGUCAAUCAUUCGGCACUGGUGGAAGUCCCAUGGUGGGGUUCAAGGACUGGAAGUGCCAAUUUUAUUUAUCAGCGAGAUGACCAUACACUUUUUGCGGAAAUGCGGCACAAUGCUAGUAUAGAUGCAGUGGCAGAUGACCCAGCGCCUAACGUCCCCAUCCCGGCACAAGCAGCCAUAGGCGCGUUUGCUAUCCCCAAGACCGCCGGAAAUCUAGACAGCCUAAUGAACUUUUAUGUUUUAUGGCAAAAUGGCACUGUUCUCCAAAUGACCAAGAAUGACGACAACAACGGGUGGCAAACCUCAUCAACGCCAGACGCCCUUGGAAGUCCCGACGACGGAACAGAUAUAGCGUGCCUUACUGCAACCGAUUAUGUUGUAACUCCUAUACAAUCCAAAUACGAUAUGGCGCGCUGUUAUUACAUGGUGGAUGGCAAAGUAAGAGAGGUCAAGUAUGAUGGGUCGACUUGGUCUGUUAUUGGAUAUGUGCCCUUGGAUUGA